UAAACCCUCUUAAUAAUGGUUGAAUGCAAAACAGAUUCAUGUAUUAUAAAUAUUGGCUUUAACAAAUAUUGAUCAAAACGUUGUGAAACUGCUGGAAAAUUGAACAUAUAUUAAUAAUGUUGAUCUACUGCGUGUGACCCCAGAAGUGGAUAAUGGGCGGAAAACUUUCAAGUGAUGGAAACUCAACUCGAAAUCGGACUUUUGCCGAACACAGCGGGCCUUCGGAUCCCUCGAACGGGAUCAAUGGUUCGUCACAAGGUGGUGCUAUGAUGACAGCAGGGUCGCUUCCCGUACAUCGACGACCGAUGAUCAGAUUUGAUUCGAGUAUGAUGCAAGAGACAAGCCAAGCAAGGUUAGAUCCUCGACUUUCGAGGGCAAACUCUGAGUCGGACGCUCGACUACGAAUACCUAGGUCAGGUUUUGGAUUAUUUUAUCGCUUGCAAGAGGAAAGGCAAGAUGAUGGAGCGGGUAGCUCAAGAAACUUUGGAAGGGCAAGACACUCGUUACCCCACUCUCUUCCACCUUACUUCCUCAGCCCUAUGAGAGAUGCAAAAUGUCCGAUGUGUGGAAAAGUCAUUCCUGCCGAAGAUGUGGAAGUUCAUUUUGUGAUGUGUUUAACCAAGCCUAGAGUCACAUAUAAUGAGGACACAUUAUCAGUAACUUUGGGCGAAUGUGCGAUUUGCUUUGAAGAUUUAGAGGAAGGAGAAUCCAUUGCUCGUCUGCCGUGCUUAUGUAUUUAUCACAAAGGCUGCAUUGAUGAAUGGUUCAAGAAAAGCCAGACUUGUCCAGAACAUCCACCAGAUUAACUAUUGGUUUGGACAUAUAUGGAUCACUGUGUUGCACGAAAGACAUGGAUUUUCUCUUUUUCUAUUGUUUUCAGUGGCUGGCAACCAUUUUGCUGAGAAAUGUCAAAUAAUUCAAAAGCAAUAAUUUUAUUUAGGUUUACACUGGUUGGAGUAAACAUAGAAAUGUUAGAGUGUUUGCUUACACUGUAAUAUGAAACUUCUAAUUGCUUUUGUUGUGAAAUAAAUGCUGUUUAAAUAAAAGAUAAGGUAACAUAAUCCCUCCCCCAAUAAUAAACCAUACAUAUGGAUUUGUUAAAUUAAAAAGCAGCUACUCGUUAAAAAUGGGGUUGUAUCUGUUGGGAUAAUUAUCAUGAAUAUUCAAACUUUGUUUUUUUUUUAUUAUAUAAUAAUAAUAAAUUAUGACAUCACUUGUUACCAUUUUCAGUAAUACUGUAUUUUUCUAGACUUUUUACAAUUCUUGUGCUCCUGUCACAAUUCUGAUUAUUAUGUCACAACACAUUAAAGUUUUUUUUUCUGAUAAUCAAAAGUUUAUGUCAUAGGGCAGUGUAUAUUGUCUCAUUUUUCACCCAAGUAUUGCAUUUGUAUAUAUUGUUCUAUGUUGCUUCUCUAUUUCAAAUGGACAAUCGAACUAACAAACAAAGUACUUUACAUGGUGAUGCAAUCACUGUUUUGCACCUCCUAAUCUAACACCACACAAUAUAUUCUGAUUGUUUGUCAUCCACACUGUUAAGUUUAGAUUAGACUUAGAAGUUUUGAGAUAUAAACAUUGUUUGAAGCUUAUUGUAUAUUUGGUUACACUUAUGUAUGGUAUAAAUAUUAUGUUCAAAUUAUCAUUGGCUUAAAUGUUAUUUUCCUUUUUGGUAUUCGUUGUAUUUGGUGAACUGAAAAUAUGAUUUUUAUACCCUCUAUUGCUUCACAGCAAAUGUGCCAAAACAUACAACUAAAAAAAAUAAUAUUUUAAAAAAGCUCUCCAAUAUAUAAACUUGUUAUAUCCUUAAAAUAUAUCAGAAACAGUAAUGCUCUGUAUUUAGAAUCACAGUAGUUACAACAGUAUUAUACCCAAGUAAUAAUCAAGUCCUUUUUGUUGCACGUUAUAUUUCUUGCUAAUGGUGGCCAACUAUAAUUCAGAAUCCCCUUUUUCUUUGAAUGUUCUUUUGUAAAUAUACUUCUGCAUUCUGAUACUUGCAAUGAGCAUAAAAUUUGUGAUAUGCUG